AUGGCAUCCACCAACCUCACCCCGAUCUUCCACUCCCUCGCCGCCGGCUCAUCAUCAUCUGCACCCCGCGCACCCCGCGCAUCACCUCAUCGUCCCCCUUCCACGAAACCCAAAGCCCUCGAAGCAUGGCAUCGUCGCCGUCAAGCCGAGGCUCAGUGGGAUCAAGAGGCCGGCAGACUACGCGCGCAUAUAGCCAGCUUGCAGCUCUUCGUCUCCAAUGUGCGCAGGGCGUAUCUGCACAGUGGGCCAGCACCGAGAGUCUAUGGCGGCGACGACAAUGAUGGCGAGGCACAGCAGCGCGAGAUAGCAGGGCCGUCUGACGUGCAGAGCUUCGAUGCGUUGAGUUGGUUGAGUGAGGAGCAAAAGGAUCAGGUUGACUUGCACCUCAAAUUGGCAUUGGAGAGGAGCGUGGCGAGAUUGAAGGAGAUUAUUCGAGCCGAAGAGGCCCGUCAAUCCUCUCAACCCACCCCGACCACUUCCUCCUCCGCGCAAGGCUGGGCCCGCCUCUUAUUAGCUCCCUCCCUCUCGCCAACCAGCCUAGACUCGACGGAAUACUCCACGCAAUUGGCAGCACAUCGCCAAGUGAUCACGGGCAGGCUCGGCGCCGAGCUCAAGAGGGUUGGGGAACGAGUGGGCCUCAUGCAAGAGGCCAGGGUGCGCGGUAGAGAGGAGAGGAGUGUGGGCGCGAGUGCGAGGCAGAGGAGGAAAAGAGAUCAGGAAGUCGGAGCAAAAGCUGCCGCGUUGGAGGGGACGAGCAAGGGGAUGCAAGGGAGCACAGCGAGCUUCCGUGCUACGGGCGCGGGCGCGGGGGCGGGGCCGAGUGGCCUACCCCCCGACUCUGGCUCCUCCUCCUCCUCUGGCCCAGACUCCGAGCUCACCCCCUCACAAAUGCAGCUCUUUGCCUCGGAGUCCUCAGCCCUAACCCGAACCCUUCAAUCCGACCUCGCAGCCGUAGAAUCCGUAGCUUCGACCCUCUCUACGAUCAAUGAGCUGCAGAGUACGCUCAUCCACCACCUGUCCGUGCAGGGGGAGACGAUUGGGCAUUUAGCGGGGGAGGCAGGGGAACAACGGGCUGAGGUUGAGGCGGGGAAUAAGCAGUUACUUCGAGCGAGCGAGAGGGGGAGGAGCGCGAAUCGAUUGCUGGGGGCUUUGUUGGUGGGGAGCGGGUUGGGGGUGUUGUUUUUGCAUGUUAUGGACUAG